AUAAUAAGGUAAUCAAAGGAUUGGAGAGGGGAACAGGGGUCAGCACCAGCUAUUGUUCACUUCUUCCACAACGAGGGGCACGCUGGGCAUCAUUCUUGCCCUGCACAGCUCACUUAAUCUGAGAAUCCAACCUCCUUUGUACUGAGUCACCAAGUCUUGCCGAUACGAACUAUGUCUGAGAAUAUCCUCAUCAUCGGUGCUACCAGAGGCUUGGGGUCAUCCCUCAAGACUCUAUAUGCAGGGAGACAAUCCACGAAGACGGUUUUUGCAACCACCCGAGAUUCUACGAAGCCAAAAGACGAGCCUCUCGUCUCAUGGAUUCCGAACAUUGACGUGUCCAAACCUGAUGUCGGCCAAAGUUUGGUUUCCCAGCUGUCCUCAUCUGAGAAGAUCUCAACAGUCAUCAUCUCCGCGGGCUAUUUUGGGUUCGAGACAUUUGAUGAUCCCGAUUGGGAGAAACAAGUCAAGAUGUACACCACCUCUGCUAUUGGGCCUGUCUUUCUAGUCCAUCACUUGGUCAAAGCCGGACUCUUGGAGGCCGGUAGCAAGAUAAUUCUGGUCAGUAGCGAGAGUGGAAGCAUUACGCUGCGUCAUGAGAAGGAGGGUGGCGGAAAUUAUGGUCACCAUGCCAGCAAAGCAGCUCUUAAUAUGGUCGGGAAGCUGCUGAGUUUGGACCUCAAAGACAAAGGAAUUGCUGUCGGCAUAGUCCAUCCUGGGUUUAUGCGCACGGAGAUGACAAAGGGUGUGGGAUUUGACAAGUACUGGGAUGCUGGCGGAGCUGUCACCCCAGAUGAGGCAGCAGAAUCGCUCGCUUCAUUUACAGACACGUUUGACAUCAGCAAGACCGGACAAUACUGGGCACCGCGGGGCCCCAGGGACAUCGGGACUGCCGAGCCUGUCCUAGGUAGCGACUUGCCGACACCCCUCCAACUGCCCUGGUAGAGAAUUUCUGGCAUGUUGAAGCUGGGGCUGGUACUGUGGUAACCAGAAGGCUCCGUUUCUUAGUUUCAAGGUAGCUUAUUGAUCAGUAGUACUGGACAUAUGCUGUGCAGGAUUUCGUCGAUACGAGGCAUAGAUUGCUUGUUGUAGGAUUGAAAAGUGCUGUCAAUUAGAAUCGGUCGAAGUUCUAGCCUAUAGAGCUCUUGUCGGUUUGGCGAUACGAGAGUGACUCUGGAGAUGUAAAGAGAGGACAAAUACAUAGGAUUACCCAUGAGUUCUGACCUGUAUAUCAGCUGGGGCUGAAGCCAAAGAAUACCAACUGGAGGCCGGUCAAGGCGGAUCGAAGAGCAAAAAAGAGAAUCAGCUUGCAUCAUCCGUGAAUCGAACACGGGCCUCAUCGAUGGCAACG